AAACAAGAAAUACUAAAUACAAUGUAUUAUUAUUGGCAAAUUGUCAAGAAUAUAUAAUAAACAAAGCAUAAAUACGAUUGCUCGCUGGAGAUGAUGGCAUAAUUGAUAUAUACAUAUGUAUAUAAUGUACGAUAUACAAUACAUAUACAUAUACAUAUAUAUAUAUUUUUUGCACAUAGAUAUUUACCUAGACCAUAAAAAUAACGAGAUUCCAUUUUCCAAUUUGGAACUUAAAAUUGCCCACAAAUUAAAAGAAUGGCUGAAACGUUGCAAAAUACCUUUAAAUUAUAUUCCAUAAUACCAGAGAAAAUUGUAAAGUUCAGCUGUAAUGGUUAUAGUGUCUAAGUCGUAUUACCUAGAUCUAAGAUGCAUUAUAUAUAUAACAAGUUUAGUUGGCAUUGUAGCGAACCAGGCAACGAGCUCUGAAAAAAUUAUGUCCUUAUUUCAUUGGCAGUAUAUGAAAACGUGAUCGUCACCUGAAUAUAUUAUUUUUUAACAGAAGUUCCAUUUUAUAAUCAUUAAUAAUUUCUGAAAACUUACAUAUAUUCCUUCUUAUUAAUAAGAGUAAUAAGUUGUGUUUUUAAAAAUGCAUGUAAAAUCAGCACAAGGACAAAGUACAGUUUCGCCUUUAAGGACAAGCUACAAUGCCACAAGGAAUUCCAGAGAAUAGCCCACAACAAUAAUGAAAAGAAAUAGUAAUUAGAUCACAUAUUUUAGAUGUACGUCAAAAAGUUAAAUGUAAGAAUUGAAAGAAAACACACAAAAAACAUAAAUAAAUGCAAUUGGAAAAACAAUACCGUUAGUUUCAAAUGAGUGGGAUUAUAAUUGUUACGGUUGCAUUUAGAAGCGAGUUGGCAGCACCACAACGACCUAAUGCGACCCUGGACGACAAAUGUCAGUGGGGAACAAAAAAAAAGGAAAACAAGGAGAGAAAUAAGCUCAAAGAAAAGCAAAUGGGAACAAACGCGAAGAAAACGAAACCCACAGCGAUUUAUAUGUCAGCUGACCAGGGACAGGGCCCUGUCAAACAUCUACGAUUCCGAACCGAUUCAGAUUUGACCUAUUCCGAAAAUAGAGACGCGUGUAAAAAUUGAAAAUUAGAAACGCGAUCAAAAAUAAGAAAAGCACAACUCCAAAUAAAAGUUGCUUCUUCUCGUUGAAUCUUUGAAAUCUUCACAUCUUCAGCCAUGGAACGAACCUCUGUGCCGCGUGGUAAACGUCCCAGGGUACAGGUAUCCGUCGACGAUAAAGAGCGUGCGAUUGCCCGCAUCCGGAAGGGGGAAACCAAGGCGGGGAUCUCAAGGGAACUGGGCGUGCCGGAGUCCACAGUGCGGGGUUGGGUGAAGCGGGCUGAUCAACGCUUGGCACGCGAGGCCUGCGAAGCCAACGAGUCCGAAUCUCCUCCAUCACUGGCAAUGCAGUCGUUAAAGCUGCCCGUUAAACGGGAUCACAGUGGACAACAGAUGUUACCUCCGAUGACUCCGAAUCCUACGAUGAUUCCAGCAACUCCCACAAUUCCCACGAUUCCCACAACAUCCGUUGCUGUUCCCAUGCCGAUGCAGCUCUUCCAGCAGGCGGCUGACAGUCAACUCCAGUUGAACGGCUGGCUUCACAUCUUCAAUGCCGGCAUCCUGAACUUUACCCUGAUUGCCACUGCCGCAUUCCUCAGAGCACGCAUGCGUGGCACAACGGAUCGCCAGUCGUUGUGGCAAAUAAUCUGCGAAUAUGUGGACGAGGCUGGACGCAAUGUGGCUGCCAAUGGGGGGCAGUAUGUGGUGCCAGCGACGGCGAUCAACCGGAAGCUAAUUAACUCACCUGCUCCGAUGCGCAACAAUGGAUUUGUGGCGCCACGAUUGCACAUCACCGCCGAGGAUGACGAGGAUGAGGAGGUCACGACGUAGCCGGAGCCAUGAAAACCAAUCGAUUCAAUUCAUUUAUGUGUAUAUGCAAAUAAAACGCCUGUCAAUGGGAUUAUGUUGUUGUUUAAGGCAAA